GACAAAGAAUAGUAAGCGCGGUGUGCCCGGCCGGCCAGCGGCCAUGGCUGCCCGCCGUCUCCUCCUCGCCGCCGCGGCGGCCUUCGCCUCGCUCUGUGCCGUGGCAUCUGGUCAGGACGCGAAGGUCGUGCUGCCGUUCGCGCCCACCUGCUCCACGAGCGACAACUACACCGACGGCAGCCAGUACCAGAGGAACCUCGCCAAGCUCCUGUCCAGGCUGCCCGCGGCGGCCGGCGACAACGGCUGGUUCUACAACGGCACGGCCGGGGCAGGCGCCGACCGGGUGUUCGGCCUCAUCAUGUGCUACGCCGACCGCAACGCGACGCAGUGCCGGGAGUGCGUCGCCGGCGCGCCCGCCGGGAUCGCGACCGCGGUGUGCCCGGGCAGCCGGAACGUGAGCGCCGCGUACGACGCGUGCGUGCUCCGCUACGCCGACACGAACUUCUUCGCCGUGGCCAACCCACGGGAGGCGUUCUACGUGACGUGGUCCGGCACCGUCGACCGGGCAAGCCUCGACGACGCGCGCUCGAGCCUGAUGAACCAGCUCGCCAAGACGGCCGCCGACUCGCCGCUGCUCCUGGCGAACGAGAGCGCGCCUCUCGCCGGCUCGCCGUCGCCGGGCGCGGUGUACGGGCUCGCCCAGUGCACGCGGGACCUGACGGCGGGGCAGUGCUCCUGGUGCCUCACCACGUACAUCAACCAGCUGAGGGACAGGUUCCCCAACAACACCGGCGGUGCGAUCAAGGGGUACAGCUGCUACGUCAGGUACAAGGUUGGCGCCUUCGACAUCACCCUGCCGCCGCGCCGGGCAGCGCUGCCGCCACCGCCGGUGUCGCCGCCAACGCCGCCUUCUCCGUCGGUUUCCACAGAACUAGUGGUCGGCUUGUCUGUCGCCGGUGUAUUAUUGAUCGGUCUGGGUCUGUCGAUCUGGCUCCUUUGCCGCCGACGGCGAAAGCGCGUUCGGCAGACGAUGGAGCGGGAGCUUGAAGAGGGCGACUUCCUCGACGACGAACCGGAGAUGCAAGAUGACUUCGAGAAAGGGACCGGGCCGAAGCGGUUUCGCUACGGCGAGCUCGCAAUUGCCACCGACGACUUCUCGGACGACCAUAAGCUCGGAGAAGGCGGGUUCGGGUCGGUGUACAGAGGAUUCCUGAAGGAGAUGAACCUUGACGUUGCCAUCAAGAAGGUAUCCAAGAGCUCGAAGCAGGGGAGGAAGGAGUACGCCUCGGAGGUGAGCAUCAUCAGCCGGCUGAGGCACCGCAACCUGGUGCAGCUCAUCGGCUGGUGCCAUGAUGGAGGGCAACUCCUCCUCGUGUACGAGCUGAUGCCCAACGGCAGCCUCGACACCCACCUCUACAGCAGCGCCAGCGGCAACACGGUGCUGCCAUGGCCGCUGCGGCACGAGAUCGUGGUCGGCCUGGGAUCGGCCCUGCUCUACCUGCAUCAGGAUUGGGAGCAGUGCGUUCUUCACAGGGACAUCAAGCCGAGCAACGUGAUGCUGGACGCUUCCUUCCACGCCAAGCUCGGCGACUUCGGGCUGGCGAGGCUCGUCGACCACGGCCGGGGCUCGCACACCACGGUGCUCGCCGGCACCAUGGGGUACAUGGACCCGGAGUGCAUGAUCACCGGCCGGGCGAGCGCCGAGUCGGACGUCUACAGUUUCGGCGUCGUCCUCCUGGAGAUCGCCUGCGGGCGGCGGCCAAUGGUGUCUCGCCACGGCGAAGACGACGUCGUCCACCUCGUGCAAUGGGUGUGGGAGUUCUACGGCAGGGGAGCCAUCCUCGACGCCGCCGACGCGCGGCUGGUGGGCAAGUUCGACGGCCGGGAAGUGGAGACGGUGAUGAUCGUCGGGCUUUGGUGCGCGCACCCUGACCGGAGCCUGAGGCCGUCCAUCAGGCAGGCCGUCAACGUGCUGCGGCUCGAGGCGCCGCUGCCGAGCCUGCCGACGAGGAUGCCGGUGGCGACCUACAUGCCCCCACCUGACGCUGUCUACUACACAUCUUCGGUGGCGACAGGCAGCAGCGCCGCCACCACCGGCACCUCCCAGUCCAGCAGCACGACAGAGACAUCUACCUUGCUGAAAUGACCACAGAGCGUGCUUUUGCAACAGACUGAAUGUAGCAUCAAAUUUCUUCUGACGAAUUUUAGUAUCUACUAUGGAUUUUUUUUAUAUUCUUAAUGGCAAGAUUCACUUUUUUUCGUGAA